CUAGGUGCGCUCGCGCCUUUGCGCAGGCGCAGCUGCCCGCCCCGCCUCGCGCUGCCCGCCCUCUCCUGUGUGGUGUGUGUGCGCGAAGAGAGAAGAUGGCGGCGGCGGGGCCAGCAGCGUGAGGCGUUGAGGGAGACGCUGAGCUCGCUGCUGCCGCCGCCUCCCCCGCCGAGUGGGGACGGGGGCGCCAUGGCCGUCCACGGCGCGCAGUACAUCUUUGGGGAAUUCAGCCCCGAUGAAUUUAAUCAGUUCUUUGUGACUCCUCGUUGCUCUGUUGAGCUUCCACCCUACAAUGAAACCAUUUCAUGUGGCCUUAAGUCCACAGGAGAGCUCCAUGAUGGUAAGAAGCCAUUCCUUCUUCACAACUGUUUCCCCAAUCCUUUUGAAGUCCAUUGUGUUGCAGGGGAAGAGUAUCAGAGAAUUGAAUUUGGUGUUAAUGAGGUUAUUGAGGCAGAUUCAUCUGUGCUGAAUAACAAUGACUACAGUAUUUCAAGUACUCUGAAUCCUCAGGCACCGGAAUUCAUUCUUGGUUGUGCACCUUCCCAGAAGACGCCUAGUGAUAUACUCAACGAAGCCAACUAUAACUCCAUAGACUGCCAGUUCACUGAUUCUGCUCUCACUUUGGAUAGCAGUUCUAAUGCUGAAAAUGAUAGUUUACCCGGGAGCCUUGGGCAAAGGGAACGCAAAAAGAAGAAGAAAAGACCGCCUGGAUAUUACAGUUACUUGGAAGAUGUUAGUGAUGGCAUUGUUCCUGCCGAGGCUUUGGUAAAUGGGCAUGCAAAUUCAUCAGGACUUAAUAGCAUAAGCACAGAGGAUGUAGACCUUACAGGCGACGUGCCAUCGGUCACUCCAAGGACUUGUAACAGCCCUGAAAAUUCUGUGGACUUCACUAGCGAAGCUGUGUCUGAUGAUUCGGUUUCUAGUGCGCUAGAUGCUACAAGGACUGCAGGGCAGCCUGAAGUAUGCAGUGUUACUAAUUUGGAACAGUCUUGUGUCCCCUCCGAAACUGGGAGGGACAGCCCAUUAAGGACAGCUGUUGUACAGCCAUAUGCUGGUACUGAUACUACUGAAAACCUUGGUGUUACAAAUGGACAAACACUUGAAUCCUCUAGUGAGGGCACAGCUGCCAAUGGGGUAGACUUGCAUCCUGUGGAAAGCACCGACUCAGACCAAACUAAGCCUGAGGAUGCUUUGCCUACUACUGAGGCAACCACCCCUGUUUCAGGAGCCGUUUCUGUUAAUCAGCCUGCAAAAUCAUGGGCAAGCCUCUUUCACAAUUCCAAACCUUCUGUUUCCAUGCCUAUGGCUUAUGUUGAGACUAAGUAUACCCCUCCUGCCACAUCUCCUGUGGUCCCUGAGAAACAGGUUGAAGUCAAAGAGGGGCCUGUUCCAGUUUCUGAGGAUCCUGUAGCCAUAAGGAUUGCAGAAUUACUGGAAAAUGUAAAACUAAUACAUAAACCAGUAUCCUUGCAACCACGAGGGCUGAUCAAUAAAGGAAACUGGUGUUAUAUCAACGCUACACUGCAAGCUUUGGUUGCUUGCCCUCCUAUGUAUCACCUAAUGAAGUCCAUUCCAAUGUAUUCGAAAUCACAACGACCGUGUACUUCAACACCAAUGAUAGAUAGUUUUGUCCGUCUAAUGAAUGAGUUUACAAAUAUGCCAGUCCCGCCUAAGGCAAAACAAGCUUUAGGUGAUAAAAUUGCAAGAGACAUCAGGCCUGGAGCUGCCUUUGAACCUACAUACAUUUAUAGAUUGCUGACAGUUAUCAAGUCAAGUCUGUCGGAAAAGGGCAGACAAGAAGAUGCUGAAGAGUAUCUGGGAUUUAUUCUAAAUGGCCUACAUGAGGAAAUGCUUAUUCUGAAGAAGUUGCUAUCUCCACACAGUGAAAAACUUGCAGUUUCCAAUGGCCCGGAGACCCAGACUGUAAAUGAAGAGGAAGAACAGGAGGAGCAAGGCGAAGGAAGUGAGGAUGAAUGGGAGCAGGUUGGACCACGUAACAAAUCCUCUGUCACUCGGCAAGCAGAUUUUGUCCAGACACCAAUUACAGAUAUAUUUGGUGGUCACAUAAGAUCUGUGGUUUACCAACAAAGUUCGAAGGAGUCUGCCACUCUGCAGCCAUUUUUUACUCUGCAGUUGGAUAUCCAGUCUGAUAAGAUACGCACAGUUCAAGAUGCUCUGGAAAGCUUGGUGGCAAGAGAGUCUGUUCAGGGUUAUACCACAAAAACCAAGCAGGAGGUGGAGAUCAGUCGAAGAGUGACACUUGAAGAACUCCCGCCAGUGCUUGUCCUACACCUCAAACGAUUUGUCUAUGAGAAAACGGGGGGGUGCCAGAAGCUCAUAAAAAAUAUUGAAUAUCCUGUUGACCUGGAAAUAAGUAAAGAGCUGCUGUCUCCGGGGGUCAAAAGUAAGAUAUUUAAAGGCCAAAGAACCUACCGGCUCUUUGCAGUUGUCUACCAUCACGGAAACAGUGCAACUGGUGGACAUUACACUACAGACGUCUUCCAGAUUGGUCUCAAUGGCUGGUUGCGCAUAGAUGACCAGGCUGUCAAAGUGAUUAAUCAGUACCAGGUGGUGAAGCCGGCUGCUGAGCGCACAGCCUACCUCCUGUACUACCGCCGAGUUGACCUGCUUUGAAAACUCCCCGUUUUUCUGCUGUGUUUGCCAGAUUACCUGCUUUCUAGAACGCCAACUCUCUCUAACCCUUAUUUCUCUUCCUCCCCUCAAUGAAUUCUUUCCCCUCUCUCUUCCUUCCCCUUGCAACUAUGGGAUAGAGUGAAAGAGAAGACUAUCUUUUUGAGGUUUGUGAACAACCUAGUUGGUGUUGGCUUAUUGACUUUGCUGAAUGAAGUCAUUAGGGUUUGAAAGACUCAGUCUCACGAAUCACACACAAAGUAUUUCUUCUUCUUUUUUUGCGCUAAUGCUGAAUCCUAAGAGAUUAUUAAAACGGGAUUUGCAACUGAUUCCCACUUUCUAAUUGCAUAGUAGAAGCAGCCCUGCACCAGCAACAGAACUUGUAGAUUUCUGUGAAAAUGUUUUAUCUUUACUUAAAUAAAAAAACUAAAAAAAAUUCCUCUCUAAUCCUCCCCCACUAGUUUUUUUGAUAAAUGGUAAAAAUGAGCCAGUGUCUAUCAAGGAAAAAAUGGUCCUCCUUAAAAAGAAAAUACUCUACAAAAAAGUAUAAUAUACAGAGUUGCCGGUUCCUGAUAGGGAAAAAUACACAUUUUAAUAAUUGUGCGAUGAGAAACUGCUUAAGUACACAUUGCAGAUCAAAAUACUUUUGAGUUAAAAUGUUAGUCUAUAUAGAUGGGUGAUUGUAACUUUAUUGCUAUUAAGAGAUUUCAAAACUGCAUUUAUGCUUCUGUGUACAUGGGAUUUUAAAACAAAAAAUGGGCAAAAUAAUGAAAGUUGAUAUUUUUUUUCAGUCUGCUUUGUUUAAUUUUGCUGUCCGCUCUCCUAUAAUGUUGAGUUCCUAAGUGUACACAGUCUAGUGAUAUCUAGGAGUAUAAAGUUGUCGCCCAUCAAUAAAAAAAAGUCACAAAGUUGAUAUAAAGCUCUGAGAGUGUUCUUUGACCACGGGGCUCAGCUGAAAGCAACACAGACAUUCAAAAGAACAGGAAAAGCUGCGAAGCCAAGUCUCCUGGUAGGGUGCCAAAGACAAAACUGAGAAAUACCAGUUUUGUACUUCCUGACCAGCUUCACUUUCACCUCCAAUCAAGUGAGAUUAGACAAAUCCAUUUGGUGUAGUUCUGUCAAUGGCUAUUAGACCCAGUAAACUAAAUGGAUGUUCAAAAGCAGUAUGCCUGGGGGGGGGCAGUUUGGGGAGGGUUGGCUUUGGGGCACCUGUGAAACAUCUGGAUAGGAUGCUAGACUAGAUCAACCUUUGGUCUGAUCCAGCAGGGCUCAGUCAACUUGUCUAAAGUCUCACAAUCCAAGCUUGCAAAGGACGUUUCACCUUGAUUGCCUUUUGAAUUUGAAUCUCUGUAAGGCAACAACACAAAAAGCUUUUGUAAACUACCGGUACCAAAGUUAACCAUUUGUUCUUUCAGGCUGUCCAUGUGCCACACAAAUGGCUUCAGUAGGUAUAAGUUCUGUAAGCCAGUAACAUUGAAGGCCAUUUAUGAAGUUCUGCCAUUUUAAAAAGUUUUUUAUUUCCUCCUCUCCCAACACAGACCAUCAAAAGUUGACAACUUGAAUCUAUUCUGACUUCAGAGCAAAUGGCAUCUGCUUUCGUUGCAGUGGCUGUUGGUUCUUGGGAGUGUUUAGCGGUGGGGAGAGUCAUUUGUCCCACAAUGCCAGCCUGUCAUCUCUAUUGUUCCUUACACACGUCACUAUCAUCCAGCCCCCCCCCUUCCAUAUGACACAUUACUCAACUUGUACUUAGGAUAAUUCUGGCCCACAAUAAUUAGCAAGCACAGUAUGAUUUAUGGGGAGGGCGCCAGGGCCACGUCAAGAGUCCUGCACUCCCAAGCUGUGUUAACUCGCCUCUUCAUUGAUUUUAUAUUUCAAAACCUUUUGCCAGAAGGGAGUUAAGAAAUCUGUGAGCUUAAGUAGCUGUUCCGGUGUUAAAUUCUUUCUUGGAAUAUUUAUUUUCCCUAUCUACCACCUAGAGGAAAACGUAAACUUGAAGACCUGGGUGGAGGACAGUGUCUGUUUUAAAUUAUCUUGAAGGUGUUGCAAAGGCAGGGGACUCCCCUUGUAUUGCUUCAUGGGACAUACUCCUGUGGCCCUCUGUUACUACAUUUCUCAUACUUUUGUGCCCUAAUACCUCUCUCUAUUCAGUUACUCCAUUUUCACUCAAGAUAGUGUGCAACAAAAUGCAUAAGUUUAUUUUAAAAAAUGCCUUCUGUGCUACCCUGUUUCCCCUAUUUUAAGACGUAGUCAUAAAAUAAGCCAUAGCAGGAUUUUUAAGCAUUCAAGGACUAUAAGCCAUACCCAAAAAAUAAGACAUAGUGAUAGGCGCAGCAGCAAUGCCGGCCACAGCUGAAAAUAAGCCAUAGUGUGGUUUUUUGAGGAAAAAUAUAAGACGGUGUCUUAUUUUCGGAGAAACACGGUAGUUGCAAUUUCAAAUUUUAAAAUUUUUUAUUUUAAAAAUAGCUUAUGUAAACCAUGUAGAGGUUAGAAUUGAUUAAGCAGUAUAUACAUUUUGUUAAAUGAACAAACCAUGGCUUUUAUGAUUCUGUACAUUUCAGGAACAAAAAUAGCAGACUAGCAGCUUGGAGAUCUGUUACAUCAGAACACCUCCGGCAUCCUUUGCUGCUCCGAGAUAAUAAUCUCUCUCUAAGAACUUGGCACAGUCAGCCUGUUUUGAAAAGGUAGCACGUCUUAUCUGCCUUGUAUGCAGAAGGUCGUAGGUUUAGUUCUGGCAUCUCCAGCGAUUCAGUUAAACGCGUUGUAAACUUUAAAGUCCAUUGGCAAAAAAAUGGGACUCCACAGCGCCAUGUGGUGUCAUAGUGCUAUAACGGAUAUAAAGCCCUUUGUCUUUACAAAUGUAGCUGAGUCCAAGGUAGGGUUGGGAAAGACCAGGGGUUGUCAACCUGGUCCCUAUUGCCCACUAGUGGGUGUUUCAGGAUUCUAGGUGGGCGGUAGGGGGUUCUAUGGCACAAGCUGAGUCCUUCCAUCGAGCACUGGUGGGUGGUAAUGAAAUUUUACCAUCAAGAAAGAUACAUUAGUGGGCAGUAUUAAAAGGUUGACUAUCCCUGGGAAAGACACUUGCCUGAUACACCGGAGAAGCUGUUGCCGGUCAAUGGUGACCACGCUGAGCUAGAUAGACCAAUAGCAUAAAGCAGCGACCCUUGUACAUUUCUUUGUCCUUGAUCCAUCCUAUAUUGCCUAUGUUUACUCUCAUGUUGUAAGCCCUUAUUUUGUCCGUAUCUUAAUUGGAUCAAAAUGUAGAAUGAACUGGCUUCCUGCAUGGAAAACUCUUGUGUCCAAGUCCUAUUUGGAGUAAAUACCAUUUAAAUUAAUGAACUUGUGUUAGUUGUGUCCAUUAGUUCAAAGAAUCUCUUCUGAGUAGGACUAACAUUGAAUGCAAGCCUCCUUUUUGGGUUGGCUUUCUGUGUUACUCAGUUGUGGUCCUAAUCCUAGAUCAUUAUCUUGAGUUUUACCUCUCACUGGGAUCAAAUUCAGCACUUUACCUCUUGUUUGAAUUUUAGCUACUGCUGUCCUUAAAAUAGUAGAAACAGGACAUCAAAAUAUUUGAAAGCUACCCCAUUUAGCCUUGCUCCGAGAUGAAAUGUGUUGCACAACUGCUGAAAGUCUCUCAUCUUUAGGUCAGAUUUUGCUAGAGGAAAGAGGAUUUCAAAUGUAGACUGUGGCUACAGAGAAUGCCUUUGUUUAAGGGCAGACAGCAGCUAAUGCAAUCAGGCUAUUCAGUGCUCGGAAUCACUUACGAAAAAUACUAUUGCAAUUUUUUUAAGCCAUGGGCCAUAAAAUCCAUAAUUAAAUAGGGCUUUGCCUAGAGUCAUACAUACAUCUGGGAAGGACCUAAAAGUUCAUUUAGUCUCAAUCCCUUCCAAUGCAGAAAAAACCAGUAUUGCAGCAGAGCACUAGAUUUUUAAAAUACUAGCACAAAAAAUAAGAACCAGAGUAUAGUGGUUAGAGUGCUGGGAUCAGGGUUCAAAUCCUCACUCAGCCAUCAAGCUCACUGGGUAAUCUUGAGCUAGUCACCCUCAGCCUAACCUAUCGCACAAGGUUGUGCAAAUAAAAAUGAGAACUUGAACCAUGUAUGCCUGCUUGAACUCCUUGGAGGAAAGAUGGGAUAGAAGUGUCAUAAAUAAGAAUAAAAUGCUAGUAUUAAAUAUUUCACAAAGUCCUGGGCAAAUGAGGGUUUUCUUGGUAUGAAAAAGAAAAAAAGUUCGGAAAGAGUUAAAGAUUUCAGCUACCACUGCUGAAAAAGCCUCAUCUUCAUCACUCACUUCCUCUCCAAGAUUGGCGGGACCCAGAGAAGAAGCAGAUAUUGACACCUAGAUAGCUUCAGUGGAAACAAGUUGUCAUUGAAGUAGCCUGGUCUCAAGCCACUAAUGACUGUCAAAACCAACCUUAAUUUUAUCCAAAAAAGAUGGGUAGAGCAUGUAACUGUUAAGAACCUGCAAGAUAGGCUGUGCUCUGGUGUACUUGCCCCUGUUGUACUUUCUCAACACAGAAGGACUUGGAAAGUUGCUGUCAGAGGAGGCAGCACUUUGCUAGAUGGGCCAAUGGUCUCAUUUGGCAUCAAUGCACCUUUACAUAGAAGAGCAAGCCUUGUGGCUUUAUAGAUGUGAACAUGACUACAAUUCCCAUCAUCCCUGACCACUGGUCCUGCUAAAUAGGGAUCAUGGGAGUUGUGGGCCAAAAACAUCUGGAGGGCCGAGGUUGAGGAAGCUUGAUCUUGAUGCUCCAAAAGCACGAACUUUUCUUCAUAUGUUAGGAAGAUUUGGUUAAGGCAGCCUUCAGAGCCCACCACCAAGAGUAUUUACAGCUUUGGUAUACCUACAGGCACACCUAGGAAGACCUGCUUGAUCAGUCUGAAGGCCUGCCUAGCAUCCUGUUUCAGUUAAUGGCCAGGUACCUCUGGAAAGACAUCAGGGCAAUAGCACUUGGCUUCUCUUGUUCCUGGGAACUGAACUUGGACAGGGGUCAUCAAACUUUUUCAUCAGGG